UUUUAUUGUCGAACCACCACAAACGGCUGAUUUUAACCUCAAAAUUGACAUAAUUUAAUGAACUGUUUAAAUAAUUGUGUAUUAUGUUAUGUUUAAAAUUUCCAAUUAAUGUGUGUUAUGAAGUGAAAUCUGGAUAAUCCUUUUACGUGAGUGAAUGUGGACAGACUGUUAAAAAUAUUAAAUCCACGAUGUACAGUGCACUGAUAAUUACGUUAUUGCUGUGGAAACAUGGUGUCGUGGAAAGCAUUCGUAUCCUCGAUCUCCGAGUGCCAGGUCACGCUGCAGAGGGCGGCCAAGCUUUAUUGGGCUGUCAGUUUGAUCUAGAAGGGGACGACCUGUUCUCAGUCAAGUGGUAUAAAGACGACAGACAAUUCUACGGCUAUGUUCCUUCAAAUAGCGAAUCAACGACCUAUUUUUACGUUCCAGGUGUUUUCGUUGAUAUAUCCCGAUCGUCCAGUACGGUUAUAACUCUUGAACACAUAACGCAAGAUUCUGGUGGUCGCUAUCGCUGUGAGGUGACAGGGGAAGCACCUUACUUCGAUACAGUUUCUGACGAUAAAGAAAUCAGCAUACAUCUUCUACCAAACCAUGCGCCGAAAAUGAUAGGUCUUAAAAAUGAAUUGAGAGUAGGUGACUUACUCGUAGUUAACUGUACGUCAACGAGAUCUCGUCCUAAAGCGCAAAUAAAAUGGCUUAUUAACGACCUACCAGCUCCUAAGAAUUACCUACGAGGCCCCUGGGACAAAACAUCAAGAGAACGUUCUGAUGCUCGGGAUACAAUCUUAGAAUUGAGUUUUAUUGUAAGACAGAACCACUUCCAUGAAGGCGUACUGACACUUAAGUGUCAAGCUUCUCUCGCUCCACUUUACCAAGAAGAAGUUAUUCACCAUAUUUUACAAGUAACUGAGCCGACACAAAUUGACAACUCCUAUUCUGCACUGAACAACUACGAAGAGACCGUUUUCAAGGAAAACACGGACUUUUUGCCGGCGGCCGAAUCGCAAAGUGAUAGAGAUAUUCAAGACAAGAAAGCAGCUUCAAAACUUUCGCCGUGGGCCAUCUUACCAUCUAUCAUAUUCUUGAGAAUGUUCAUAUAAAUAAGACAUAUAAUGC